AUGACUUUUCUCCCCAUUUCGGCCUCGCUGCUUGGCCUCGCGGCUUCGACUUUGGGUCUAAGCUUUGAUGUUCCCACCUCUCCGCCUUCAAAUUCCAGUGCGCAGCUCUCUGCAGCCCCUGUUGGUGUAUCGCUGGAAUUCUUUGCGUUUCCCGAGUACAUUCAAGACGUCGAAUCGACAAUAACAUGUCUCCAGAACCUGAAGGAUCUGACAGGAACAUGGCCCCCUAUGAGGAUAGGAGGCACGACUCAAGACCGUGCGACAUAUGAUAGCUUAUCGACCGAGCCUGUCACUUAUACAGUGGCCAACACAGGCGCUGCGCCCGAGACUCUGACUUACGGACCAUCCUUUAUUGAUUUGGCUGCAAAUUAUGCUGGCGAAGUCAUUAUUGGACUGAAUCGCCGUUUGGAUGAUAUCUCCAACACAAUUUCGGCCGCGCUUCUCGCCCAGACCAAAAUGGAUAACUUAUACUCCAUUGAACUGGGAAAUGAGCCCAAUUUUUUUGUUGAUAGCGAUCCUAUUGCCAAUGGUGCAUCCUGGACAGCUGCAGCAGACGAAUCAUCCCAAGUCAACUGGCAGGAUGCCGUUUGUGGAAAUCUCUCUGCAGCUGAUAUCAUCUCAGCAGGUGUCUACUUCGGCACUUCACCUAUGAGUCUCGUUAGUCUUACCGCAAAAGAAGGUGAUGCGGAAAGAUAUGUGAAGGAUUAUUGCUCUCACAACUAUCCUCAGUCAUCUGGCUCCUACAACCUGGCCGCGCUUAUGGGCCACAGCAAUAUUGCCACUCAGAUCGAGCCUUAUGCUGCUGAGAUCUCUGCUGCUGUUGGUAAAGGCAAGCCGCAUAUCUUCGGCGAGACCAACUCCGCAACCCAAGGCGGCGGUGGUAUCAGCCCGACUUUUGGUGCUGCUCUUUGGAUUUUGGACUACGUGAUGCAGACCGUUCUCAUGGGCACAGAUGCCCUCUACUUCCACCAGGGUACCGUUGGAAACUGCCAAUACUGCUGGUGGGGCCGCUAUAACAUAGGCUCCCCUUACUACGGUGCUUAUUUCGCCACUAUGGCACUCGCCAACGCCGACCAGAUUGCGUCUCUGGAUAGCCAAGACACAGCAUACGCAGCCUACGCCAUUUACAAGACUGGUGUUCCUGUCCGGGUUCUUCUCUACAAUUCUGACUACUAUAUCUCAACCAGCGGAACGCGCCCAUCGCAAACAUACACCCUGUCUGGGCUUUCAUCUGCCAGCGUCACUGCUAAGCGGCUGACUGCCCCUUACGCUACGUCUCGGGUCGAUUGGGGUGAGAACCCAACCGUUGCAGGCCAAACAUUUGUCAAUGGCACUUGCACUAUUCAGGGUACAGGCACCGUGGAGACAGUCACUGUCUCCGGUGGAAAAGCAACCUUCACUGUUGCCGCUUCCGAAGCUCUUCUGGUUUACCUGUAA